ACCAGUGAAUGAACUGAGUCAAGCACAAGCUGUUGAAAGCGUAAAAGCCUCUCUCCGCCGAUCUUUAUCACCCAGAGCAACCAGACAGACACCGACGCCAUUGCUGUGCACAGGAGAACACUACCCUGGGUGAAGCUACAUCAAUAGAGCAUGCUACGUAGGAAUAUACCUUCUCUUCAACAAAACAACAGACUCCACUGAACUGAGAGUCUGUUUUUCCAUUCAAUUCUCCCCAGAAUUAUUCUAUUUUCUCAUUCUAGGACAGCAUUGCUCCUCUCCUCAGCGACUACCCUCGAAGCAGACACUCCCACAACACACCAGGACACCCCAGUCUGACCAAACAAAAGUUGUGGAAACCUAUCAACUUUGGAGAGAAGCCUAUCUUUACGGCCGGAUAUACGGUGGCCUUCCAGUGCAGAGAGAGAGUGACAUUUGGGGAGAGAAAGAGGGGAUUUAGGGAUUUUUCUCUCUUCUGGUGGGUCUGUGAAAGUCUGUCAAGACGCCGCGUGCCGUGCUCCGCGUGAAGAAUGCCCAGGCGAGGAUGGCCAAGCCGGCUGAGCAAGCGCCAACACCUGGGCUCUACAUGGAGCGCUCGCAGAGUCGGAUCAGCCUGUCGGCCUCCUUCGAGGCCCUGGCCAUCUACUUCCCCUGUAUGAACUCUUUUGAUGAGGACGAUGUCGAUGCUGAGGGUAGAAGGCUAAAGGGGAUCCAAAGGAGCACUGAGACGGGACUGGCUGUAGAGAUGCCCAGCCGCACUGUACGCCAAGCCAGCCACGAGUCCAUUGAAGACAGCAUGAACAGCUACGGCUCAGAGGGCAAUCUAAAUUACAGUGGGAUGUGCCUUGCCUCUGACGCCCAAUUCAGUGACUUCCUAGAUGGGAUGGGCCCUGCACAGUUUGUUGGGCGACAGACAUUAGCCACAACAUCAUUGGGUGAUGUUGAAAUAGGCCUGUUGGAGAGAAAUGGUGGUUUGGAGGUGGAGAUUGUGCAGGCCAGAGGACUCACACAGAAACCUGGAUCCAAAGGACCUCCAGCGGCUUACAUUAAAGUGUACCUACUUGAAAAGGGGAUCUGUGUUGCAAAAAAGAAGACAAAGUCGGUUAGGAAAUCCCUGGACCCUCUGUAUAACCAAGUGCUGGUGUUCUCGGAGAGUCCACAGGCGAAAGUCGUUCAGGUGAUUGUUUGGGGAAACUACGGACGCAUGGAUCGUAAAUGCUUCAUGGGUGUCGCCCGCAUCUUAUUGGAGGAGCUGGAUUUGACGAGCAUGGUGAUUGGCUGGUACAAGCUUUUCCCCACCUCGUCCAUGGUGGACCCCACGAUGGCACCAUUGAUCCGGCACUCUUCCCAACUGUCCUUGGAGAGCACCGUGGGCCCAUCCUUUGAGCGCUCUUAAGAACUUUGCUAACAGGCUCUUUUUUGAACACACCCUUCCCUUUGUGUGCCCCCCAAAAGAAAUGCACUACCCCUUCAGAGGGACAUAUAUUGACCAUAGUGUACUGCUCUGAGAUGGUUAGUGACACUGGCCUUGCACUGUUUUUCAGAAAAAAAAAUCUUUUAAACAAGCAGAAAAAGGGGGCACCAAAGUUCUAGAAAGACUUUGAGAAUAGGAUUUCCUUAUUCUUACUCUUGACUUGGGCUGUUUUUUUUACAUGGCCCCAGAUAAUAUGUCAAUGCAUGUCAUGGGAGCAAGAGAGAGGUUUGCAACCCUCCUCUGGGGAUGUUUCAUUCCUGUGUUCUGGUGGCAGCCAUUGGGUCUGAAGCUGAAGGUUGCAACACAGAGGGAAAUGUGCAAUAUCAUGGUUGUAAUGUAGCUGGUACAGAAGCAAAUAAGCCAACACAAGUUCUAGACAUCUACCACCAAGGAAAGCAGAUUCUCUCUACAAUUAAAUAAAGAGCUGAGAAUUCAAAUUUAAAUUGAGCUUAAGUGUUGUUUGAAUAGAUUUAAGAUUGUCUUUGAAGCUUGUCUAAUAUUUUAACAGUUUCAACUGUGCCAAUUUACCAGUAAGUGUCUUGACUUUGUGGCUUGUGCCAUUGUUCAAAAGGGUAAUUUUGGAAAGGAAACAUCUGAUUACAGCUCGUGACAGGGGCACUGAAGAUUCAGUUAGAGCUGUCCUUUUUUAAAUUACAAUGAUCAUUAUGACACUGUCAAAGCAGGUAGUGAUUAACACAACUCCACAAGUGAAGCAGUGAGGAAAGCUUGAAAUAUAUUUUUUCAUCAUCUACAAAGGUCUGAGAGGAAAUAUGACAGAUAUAUAAUUAAAUCAAAGGAAUUUACAGAAAAUUGUAGAGCUGUAGGGUAAUGAAAAUAACAUGUAUUUUAUUUGGCCGCUUUAUUAUAGAUGUUUUUCUAUGAAUGUUAGUCUUGAGUGAGCCAAAGUGUGUUUUCUGAUUUAUUUGAUUAAUGUUCAAAGGGCAGAGACGCAGAACUUGGUAGCAUAGUAAGGUUGUAGCAUUAGGUGGUAGCAUCUGCAUGACAGAAUACCGUAUUAGCUUAUCACAAAAUAAUAAUAGUAAGCAUGAGAUAUUACAAGGGGAAGUGAAACAACACAAGUUGGUUAAAACUCAAUUGUAAAUUGAUUGAGGAACUAAACGACAAAACACACACAGUGCCAACGAACAGUUAAAAGUGGUUCAACCUGUAGAAUGGUCGGGAAAUAAACAGAAGAUUAUGGCCAAUGUUCUGGUCAGAGGGGAUAGGCUUUUAACCAUUCACUGGAACAUUGUGUAUUGUCCUUAACAUGUAGCAGUUCAGUUCAGAUUUAUGAAGAUUAUUGCAAUUCUGACUUAUGUGCUACUGUUGAAAACAGAAUAGCUGUAUUAACUAUUAAGAAACAAGUGUAUUUGGUCCGUUUAAGUACUACACAGAACACCUGGGUCUAGCUAGAAUGAGCCUACAUGUUGUGUAUAAUGUAUUAAGUCAAAUUUUUAUGAAAUGUAAAAAAAUAAAAAUAAUAUGGAGACAACAUUUUGAAAAUGCUGAAUUAACUUGAAGACUAAAUUCAAGUCUUAAGAUGAACAUUAAAUUGUAGGCACAGCAUCAAAGUGAUAAAGAUAAGAGCUCACUAGAGCAGGUAGCACUGGUACAGGAAUAUGAUACCAAGACUUACUGUUUUGAAACAUGUAUUUUUCCAACCAAUAUCUUAAUUUUGUAAAGCAAUAAGUAGCGCAGCACCCAUCCACAACAAUCCACAACAAACCUCCAUGUUAUGUCCCUCGAAGUGUGAUGUAUAAGGCUAAAACUAUUAUUAAGCUAAUACAACCUGUAAGUAAUUUAUAUGCAAUCCAGUGUAGACAAUAAGUGUGUAAAGUAUGUAUGUACUGUAUGUAUGUAUGUAUGCAUGCAUUUGUGUGAGUGAGUGUAUAAGUGUAUGCAUGUGUUUGAACUGACAAAUGCUACAUCAUUAGGAUGGCCCAAUAGGACAAGAGGACAACAUUAAACAGAGUUGGUGAUAUGUUGAGAAACAGUUUCACUCAUAGUCUGACCAGAAAACUCAUUUACCACAUUGUACCAAGUUUACAAUCAAACAAGAAAACAUUUGGAUUGAACCUUUACUAGCCUGAACAUAUUAUAUAGAAGAGACAUGAAAAGAAAGACGCCAUAUUAUUAAAGAAUAUUGGAAAAACUAGUUAAGGAUUUAAAACAUUUGUAAAAAAGUGCAUUGUACUGUACGAUUGUAUUUUGUACAUUUCACACAUGAAAAAAUGUAUAGAUCAAAUCAAUCUACUUAUCUUAAAUGGAAUGUUUUUGUAUUUUUUAUUUCUUUGUGCCAAAAUAUUUUCUUUUUAUAUGUAAAACAAACCUUUGGGGAAAAAUCUAUGUUUUCAAAAAUAACUGAUAUUAUUUAGUACCAUGUCAACUGAAAGAUACACAUGGCAUUAAAUAAUCUCCAUUUUAAAACUGAAGUCAUUUUCCAAUCAAAAACUGAUGGAAGGUUUUAGUUUGAGGAAUAACCUUUAUCAAUUAAAGACAAUAGAUUCCAGGCUUCUGUUCCUUAUUCCAUUACUUUCAAAAUCAAUUUAAAGUAGCUAUAUGAAAAAUUAAGAAAAGAAAAUAAUAUUGACAUUGCAUGGUUGUCAUUCACCUACUUUAGUACUUCGGUGUACCAUUUUGGAUUUCCAAAUGGAAUGGAACAUGGUUUAUUGUAAAAUUCACUAACUGUGAUAUAAUAAAAAAUAAAUGUUAUGAUUGAAUGAAAAACAUUGGUAUUGAAGGAAAUGUUUGAAGAAUGCUCAAAAUAUUAACCAUGUAACUACUUACAAGUGCAACCCGAUUUCAAAUUUAACUUGUGGUUGUCUCAUAUACUGUAUCUCAGCCAUAGAGGUAUGAUAUCGCCUAUCCAACAGUUUAAUUCAUGGGUCUGAUGCAGUGGUGUGUGACUUUGAGUUUGUUGUAAUGAGAUGUUUCAAUAUGGUUAAUUGGUGGAGAAUGUCAAAAACACAAAAAAAUGUGCUAUCAUCAGAAUCCUUAUCCCUUUUGUUUUACUCGUAUCUGUCAUGCACAUCUAAAUUCAUUACCAUCAAUUGUGAUGCAAGUAGAGGCCUUAAAAACACAAGAAUCAUACCAGAUGACUUAACAAUCCUAAAAUGUAAUUCAAGGGGAAAAAAAGUGUGAAAAUGUGAACUGUUUUUUUUCUCUUCGAUGUCUCAACUUAUUUUGAAUUCAAUUUUGUCCAAUGCUUAUUUUGUCACAGUUUCAUUUGCCCCAUGCGUCUCUGUUGCUUUGCGGGUUUGGGUAUUUAAAAGAGGAAAGCACUGUUUUAUGUUCGUGAAAUACAUGGGGGUGUUUCAACUACACCCAGAGCAUAUCAUUUUCUUGUGCAGAGGUGUGGGAUGAAAUGGGGAACACAUCCUUUCUGAUGCUGUUAAACAUGUGGAUCCUUGGUUUAUUCACAAUAAUUUAUAACAUGAAUAUUUGAAAUUCUUUCAAACUAAUUGUUGAGUAAUGCACAAUUUGGUGAAUUAUUAUUCUAUUCCAACUGUCAAUAAAAUAGUUUACUCCUAUUUGUAA